AUGGAUAAAACAUGGAUUGAUGAUAAUGCUAGAAAGUGUGUAAACUCAUUUUGGAAAGAGGCAAGUGAAGUCCCAGAGCACUUGAUAUGUGAUGGGUUUCUAAAAGGGUAUAGAACAUGGAACUUACAUGGAGAAGCUAGCUCUUCUGUGAAUUAUGGGAAUUGUGAUGCUACUGAGGUCAUAGAGGAUUCUAGUGAGAAUGAUGAAAUAUAUGAUUUGCUUAGAGACUUAGCCGCCGGUCUAGAUGAUAGAGGAGAUUUUGAAGACAAUAGUUCAACUUUGGAGACUUGUCCUGAACUAGUUGCCCUUCAAAAGUUAGUACCAGAAAAUAGCAAAGAGCUAUACCCAAAUUGCAAGAAAUAUACACAACUAAGCCCAAGGUCUACAGAAAAUGUUGAUGCACAUCAUCAUGAUGCUCAUUUCGAAGAAGAUGAAGAUUGUGGAGAUAAUGAAGACCAUGACACAUGUCCCGAGUGCACCCCCAACGAUACAGCCCCUGUUGCGCAGCACCAUGCACCCUUGUCUAGUCACCGCUUCCCCAACAAUGCAACCCCUACAGUCCAGCACGAUGUAGCACAUGAAGAGCAGCCCCAUGCAACCUCAUCCCGUCAGUGUAUCCCCAUCAAUGUUCUUCCUGCAGUCCAGCCUGAUGCAACCCAUGAAGUGCAACCCGAUGCAGCAAAACAAGCAAAGACAGUGCAACCCCAGGUUGGAAUUAAUGUGAUAUUAUAUGAAGUGGUGAGAUCCGAUGCACGUGUGGCUCUGGGAACAAUUAUUUCAACAAAUCCUAAAACCAUUAUUGGAGGUGUAGCUCUUGGAAAGCAAUAUUGUGAAGUUGUGAAUCAUGUGCUGAAAAGGGAUGCAACUCUGCCUCGCACUUAUCCUAGUGUGGAAAAGAUGGCUGAUGCUCAUAGAUUGUCGAUUACAUGGCCAUACAAUAGAGUUAAACAACAGGCAUCAAAAUCGGUUAGGAAGGCAUCAAAAUCGCCACAAGGUGUUUCAGAAAUCCUAAAGAUAAGACAGCUUGGUCAACAAAACACACAAAGAGUUGUUGAGGAGAACUGGAAGCUACGGUCCGAUAUCCAGGACAUGGUGGAUGCACUUGAUGCAAGAAACAAACAAAUUAAGGAGUCAGAACAUGACAAAAAGAAUCUUGAGCAGGAGAAGCUAAAGGUGGACAAUUGCUUUCAUCUGAGGCAAAAUGUUUUAUCAACAAUAAUUAUGUAA